AUGGGUGCGUUGUCAGGAAUGGGCAGGGGAAUUGCGUUGGCGCUGGCACGAGAGGGCGUUCACGUCGUCUGCUCCGACAUAAAAGAGGAAUGCGCACAGCACGGCUUCGAGGAAGACAAGCAUAUUCCAACACACACCGUCAUUGCAAACAAUGGGAAAACUUCUGCAUAUCAACAGUGUGAUAUGGGCAAUACCGCUGAGAAAUUUACCUUGAUCGAGUUGACUGUGAAGAAAUUUUCAAAGAUCGACAUAUUGAUCAACAACGCCGGCGUCUAG